CGCUUCCUCCCCGAUCAUAGAGGAGUCGGACAGAGCGUCUCCCAGCCCGGCCAUAGAGCGGCUGCCGGCUGUCGCCGGCUCGGGGGCAUCUCGCCAUUUUAGAGGAGAGAGGCGGAGAGCGGGGCGGAGGCCGAGCCGAGGCCAGUCAGGUGCAGAGCUACCAUGGGAAACACCACCAGUGAUCGAUUGUCUGGGGAACGCCAUGGCUCCAAAUCUCACCGCUCCGAUGGAGCCAGUAGCACCCAUUCCACGAAGGAUCAUCCCCACAAGAUCAUGGUGGGCAGCACUGAUGACCCCAAUGUUUUCAGCACCCUUGACUCCAAGCUUGCUGGGGAGAAGGAGUUUAUGUCAUGGCAGCAUGAUCUGGAAGAGUCAGUAAAGCCUUCACAGCAGGCUCGUCCCACUGUCAUACGCUGGGCUGAUGGAGGCAAGGAGGUCUUCAUCUCUGGGUCUUUCAACAAUUGGAGUGCCAAGAUCCCACUCAUCAAAAGCCACAAUGACUUUGUUGCUAUUCUGGACCUGCCCGAGGGCGAGCACCAAUACAAGUUUUUUGUGGAUGGCCAGUGGGUUCAUGACCCUUCUGAGCCUGUGGUCACCAGCCAAAUGGGCACCAUUAACAAUCUGAUUCACGUCAAGAAGUCUGACUUUGAAGUAUUUGAUGCAUUAAAGGUGGAUUCUCUGGAGAGCUCAGAGACUUCAUGUCGAGACCUGUCUAGCUCCCCGCCAGGACUCUAUGGCCAGGAAAUGUAUGUGUAUCGACCGGAGGAGCGCUUCAAAUCUCCACCCAUCCUCCCUCCUCACCUCCUCCAAGUCAUUCUCAACAAGGACACCAACAUCUCUUGUGACCCAGCUCUUCUACCGGAGCCCAACCAUGUCAUGCUCAACCACCUCUAUGCACUCUCCAUUAAGGACGGCGUGAUGGUGCUCAGUGCCACUCACCGCUACAAGAAGAAGUAUGUCACCACUCUGCUGUACAAGCCCAUCUGAUCGUGUGUCUCGCCGCGUAGCACACAAGGAAUGCCAUGUUGUCUGCACGCAGUGGGACACAGGCCUAAGAACAACUGGUGGUUGGCUCUAGCUGAACCUGGCAGGGGUGGAAGGGGAUGAGCCCAGCCCUGUUGGAUGUCUGAGCUAUUCCCUCUAUAUUCUGUUGGUGAGAUUUGAUUUCACCCUUUCAUACCCUGCCUUUGUCGGGUCCUCUGGCUUUGCUGAGUUCCCUGGCUUGGUCUACUGCCUGCCAGCUUGGCUCCCCAUGGGGGAGUCACAGCAGGGAAGGAGCUGUCGGAAGCUCUUCCCCAGCCCCUCUGCCUGUAAGGGCUUUGGCCAGUUCCUCCGGCGGUUGCCUGCGGUGGGGCAGAGCCAUGUCACUCUCCCUUUGCACCCCAUGCCAAGGCCCUCUAGAAUGGCCUGCUUCAGGGCAGAGUAGGGGGGGGCGGGGGUGCACCUGAGCUCUGCAGGCCUGGGCUGGCUUCUUACCUCCCUGCACUUAGCUAAUGGGACUGGAAUGUGCACAUGGCUCCCCUGAGCAGAGACCAGGGUUAGAGAGAGAGAGACACACACACACACACAUACACCUACCUCUCUCUCUCUCUGCGCCUGCAUUGGAGGGUUAGUCCCAACCACCACCCUCCACACACACUGUCCUGCCCACCUCAGGCAUCGCCAUCCCCAACAUUCAGCUCUCGAGCUGUGGGCCUAGGCCCCAGAAGGCUGAGCCUUGACUUCUGUGGGGCCAAGAGGUGGGAGUUUCCCAGGUUUAGGCCAUAGCAGAAUGGCUCUGUGUUGCCCUCCCCAGGCCAGUGCAGCAUAGGAACUGCUGCUGUGAUGCAGCAAUUAGUGCCCCUACCCAUCUGAGAGGAAGAGCCUGAGCUGAUGAGAUGUUUGUCACAUGGAGCCUGCGUGCUCUCUCUCCUGCUGACGGCCUGUUCCAGCGCCUGCGGGGGGCAAGGGAAAGGCUCCUGCCGCGUCCGUGGCCCUUGCACCAGCUCUCACCAGUCUGGGUAUUUUGUGGGAAGAACUGCAGUGCUAGUGUACCCAGCAGCUGCCAGGGCUGCUCUGUCUGUGUAGGGGGCUCUCACAUGCACUGGGGUUCUUGGCCUGGAAGCUGAUCUCACUGUCAUCCCAACAGUCUCCUGCCCCAUUGCACUGAAGUGGCUGGUUCUGUCUUGGCUAAGAGCUUUCCCAAGGUCCCAGUGCAGCCUUCUCUCACUCCUCAGUGCAAGGUUCUGCCAUUGCCUCAGGCUGGGCUCCGCAGAGCUCACUGGCUCUGCAGCCCUUCUUUCUGGGGGAGCACUAGUGGCUGAGCUCAGCCUCCCUCGAUCAUGUGUCCUGAGGAAUGUUUAGUGAGUGCCAUUGUCACAAGCCCUUUGGGCUAAGCCUCUGCCAGGUUCAGCUCUUAGCCGGCGAGUGGGGAGGGGGCAUUGCCAUUGUAUGCAAUUGCACUUUACCAGUCACAAGGAGAGCACUGGCUCCCAGUCCUGCUGGAGUGUCUCCAGGGGCGGGGGUUGCUUUGUGUGAUGGCGAGAUGAACAUGGCUGUGCAUGCUCCGCUGGACCCUGGAAGGGCUGCAGAUGCCCAGAGCUGAGCAGCCGGCUGCCUGGGUGGGAGACCAAACUGGACAAGAGGUAGCAGCUUCUGCCUAGCCCAGUCAAACCAGCGUGACCAGGGUGCUCACUGCCCAAGAGGGAAACUUCUGCUUCGAGGUGAAAAGGAGACAGGGCCAAGCCAGUCCUGGGGCAGCUGCCUCUUCCCUGUCAUCUUCCCGUUAGCGCGGGGAGGCCUUGGCACUCAGGGCUUGCUGACAGGUCAGCCUGGCACUGCUCCAGUGCUGGGAAGGGCAGGCACUGGCUCCAGGCUAUGGAUUUAUUAUUGCUUUCUGUGCUGCAGGGCCUGGCUGGAGCUAUUAGCAUGACACGCACAGCAGAGGCUCCUGCCGUUGUUAGGGCUGCUUCCUCUAGCACAUACGAGAGAUGCCGGCUGCCUCAGACCAGGCCAAGAGCCAGAGGGUCAGCUUGCUCCCUGGUAACCGCCCCUGUGAGCACCUGUCAGCUGCAGGGAGCAGAGGGCCAAGCUGAGGCAAUGCUGCCAAGCAGUAUGGGACUGCUGCCUUAAGGCAGAAAGCCUCCAGUCUGGGUGCUGUGGCCACUUACCUGCCUGCCCGGUGAGUGUGGCUCUGCAGCGAGGCAUUGGGGCUCGGCUAAAGGAAAGGGCUUGGACCAGGACAUGCUGGGCACUAGCUCCCAGUGCCAGCCCCUCAGUCCCCGGUCCUGGAAGCAUGGGGGUGAAGAGGGGCAGGUCUCCUGGUGCUAGCUGGUGCUUGGGUCACACACCCAGGAGAGCUCAGCCUACCAUGAGGGGGAAGCAGCUGAGCCCCUUGUCCUGGCCCAGGGCCGUAGCCCAGCAAAGGAAUGCAGUGAGUGGAUCACAGCGUACUGCACAGCUGGGGGCUGCACUUCUGUUCCCUGCAUGCUGCGCAGGGCUGGUGGAAUCCCCAGCAUUGAGCUGAAGGCAUCCACUGGUCCCUGUCCUGCUCUGCAGAAGCAGCAGAUGCAAAAGCCCCAGGAAGCCCUGCUGGUUCUGCUGUUGGUGCCUGUGCUGUAGCUCACGGCUGCGCUCUCCCACGGGAGCUGCAGCAGAUGCACAGGGCUAGUGAUGCUGUAGGGGGUGAGGUUAGCCUCAGCCAGCCCUUUCUACUAACAGCCCGCACAGCUGUUUACUGCUGAACGCAAUGGCUGGGGUGAGGGGGUUCUUGGACCUGGGGGCUCUCACGUGCCCUGGGUCAGCACUGAGGCAAGGGCAGCUCCUUGCUGCUGGCCCUGGGAUGGGGGUAGAGGCCUGGAUUUGGGGUAGGAGGGGCACUACAGGUGCCAGGGUCCCUUGCUGAUUUGAUGUAACUCAUAAAGCCAGGCUAAGGCUUUGGCCCAAGCAAUGUGACUAAUAAAGUUUGUUACAGAG